AUGGCUGAGGAGAUAGCGGAGAUCCUGAAAAAAUUUGUGCUAUCAACAAAAGAGUUGGGAGGUACAAAAAUUGAUCUGGGAGAUGUAGGACCAAGUGUUAAGGAAUGUGAAGAAAGCUUGAGGGUGGUGGAGGUAGGAGUCAAUACUUUCCAGUUCUUCAUUCCCAGUGAAAAGGAUAGAGAUAGGAUCUCUAAUGAAGGGCUAUGGAUCAUUGACAGUCAAAUGCUAGUGGUUUGGCCAUGGUUUGUAGGGUUCGAAGAGGAAACGGCUGACUUCAACAUUGCUCCAUUAUGGAUACAAGUCUGGAACCUCCCAGUACACUGGAUUUCAAAGGAAGUGGGAAGGAAGAUAGCCUUAGUGUUCCAGGAAACAAAGGAGGUUAUCGUACCUCAAGAGGGAGGUAAGGAGGGAAGGCGCAUCAAGGUGUUAGUAAUGGCAGAUAUAUCACAACCCGUAAUGAGAGGUACCACGGUCAAAAUGGAUGGAAAUAUGAAAUGGGUAAGCUUUAGGUAUGAACGGUGCCCAGACUUCUGCUACACCUGUGGCACGAUAGGACAUGGUGAAAGGAAUUGUACAGCCAGCAUACAAGUGGAGAGAGGUCAUUUAGAUAAUCAAUUUGGGCCAUGGCUUAGAGCUGGUGAGGGGAAGUUGUCAUCUCAGAAAGAGAGGGGAAGUAGACAACCAGUCAACAUAUCUCCCAACAAACAGCGUUGGGAUUUAAAGAUGGGAAUUUGGUUCCAAUGA